AUUUAUUCAUCAAUCAGCAGAAGGAAAGCAGUGUGUGACCUCACUUCCACAAACACACACACACACUCACUGACAAUCACACACACACACACACACACACACAUACCACAGCCUCUCAUCCUGUCUCUGAGUGUGCUCUGUGCAGCACCUUGACUCAACAUGGAAUCCUAAGGAGCACACUGUCAGCCAGGAGCCAUGGACUGCACCAUCAAGGAGGCUCUUUCUGUCGUCAGUGAAGAUCACACUCUGUUCCCUCCUCACCUACUGAAAACAGAAAUGCCAGAUGAUUACCCACCAAGCAUUAAGGAACGAGAAGCAUUGGCAGAGCACCCUUGGGCAUCAACUGGUGAGCAUCAGCAUCAGAACAUCAAGCAAGAAGCAGAGGAGAUACCUGGGAGCAGGAUAACCAGUGGAAGCGCAGCUGGUGUAGGGGUGGAAAAACCUGAAGCAAGCACCGAAGAAUCCCAUACAAACUACCAGCCCAGUUACCCAGACACGACCAGCAAUGGGCCCCCCUCACCCACUCAGAUCAAUGGGAGUGAAGAGAAGAGGGUGAUAGUGCCAGCAGAUCCCAUGGCAUGGACACAGGAGGACGUAGCACAGUGGCUGGACUGGGCGGUAAAGGAAUACGGACUCUGUGAUGUGAAUACUUCCAUGAUGCAAGGGGUAGAUGGGAAGGAACUUUGCCGGAUGGCGCGGGAAGAUUUCCUGAGAUUAGCGUCUCCUUACAGCACGGAUAUGUUGCUGUCACACUUGGGGUUCCUAAGGCAAAACAGUACGACAUUCACAUACUCCGUGACGCCAGCUGUCCACACGCAUCCAGUCACACCUCGCGCCCAGGUGAAAACCGAACCGAUAUACGAGGAUGGACGGCGAACGAACUGGAACACAACAGGAAACGCAAUACACAGAGGUACAGGCUCCUCCCUAAAGGUGUCGCCCCCGCAGACCCAUGGGACCAUCAGCACAGGAAAUACUCUGCGCAGCACCCCAGACCCGUACCAGGUUCUAGGCCCAACCAGCAGCCGUCUAUCAAACCCUGGUAGUGGUCAGAUCCAGCUGUGGCAGUUCCUCCUUGAGCUCCUGUCUGACAGUAACAACUCUGGCUGCAUUGCCUGGGAAGGUUUAAACGGCGAGUUCAAAAUGACCGAUCCCGACGAGGUGGCGAGACGCUGGGGGGAACGCAAGAGCAAACCCAACAUGAACUAUGACAAGUUGAGCAGAGCCCUGCGCUACUACUACGACAAAAAUAUAAUGAGCAAAGUGCACGGGAAGAGAUACGCUUACCGAUUCGACUUUAACGGCAUCAGUCUCGUGCAGCAGUCUCAUUCGGCGGACCCCGCAGUGUGCAAAUACCCCGAAGGAAAUUAUUUCUCACCCCAAGCCAAAGCAGCUGUGCCUCUGCACCCCCAUCACCCCCAGCCAUCCAACCUUUCCACAGUUAUACCCAUACAGUACUUAAGUUCACCAGGAGGUGGGGCACUGUACCCGGGACAGGGGGUAACAAGACAACAUGUAGGGCAAAUGGGGGCUCACAUGGGGUCUUACUAUUAAAAAAGUAAGGAAGUCAGACUGUUGGUUUGAGGGGAUUGAGAUGCAUUGAUGCAUUGAGCCAUAAGGGUUUAGAUAGGGUACUAACCAAGGACCUUCACUUCCACUCUAUUUCCAGUAGGGGGCUGCAGUGAGUAUGCAUUUAUUGCCCAAUCUUAUUAGUCUUUCAUUAGAAUUUGCGAAUCUGCAAGAUUUGAAAUGCCGCAUUAUUCUGACUUUGUUUCGAAAGCGAUACUUGGAAUUUCUAAUGGAAAAUGUAGAAAUAACGGCUCUUAAUGCUUUGUACAGGACACUGGCGUUCCAGCCAUUUUUUUUAUUUGUUUUAAUUCUAUUUUGAAUAAGUAUACUUAUUAAAUGGACUGCGUCUUUGUAUUCUGAGAGUGCAGUGUCUGGAAACUCCUCCCUCUGCGGCAGGUUGCGAUUCUCUGAUGUCUAGCGGGCUAUAUUAUGGAUAGUAGAUGAUCCGCCAUGACAGAACUAGUAACUACAUAAACCACAUCAGAGUGUAACAUGAUUUUAAAGAGGGUACCAUUAACCCCAUCCUAGCAGAGCUGCACAAAAUGCAUAGAUUAUAUUUUAAUUACAAUUAAUUUCUUCAACAUACUCCGCUUAUCCUGAGCGGCAAAUACAAAACCAAAUAAAAUGACGGCUCUGCUGGUGUCUGCCGCUAUGUAACCCUUGGUUCCAUCCCACAAUUCGCAAUAUGCGGCCGUGUUGUGGGAGGUCACAUAUUUCAUUGUCAGCCACAGUGGCGAAAAU